AUGGCCGCCCCCCGCCCCCCCACGGUGGUGCCGGGCGAAGCCUCCGAGAGUGACUCGGAGCAGGAGCUGCUGGUGGGGGCGGCGGAGGUAGCCCCCGGGGCCGGGCUGAAGGUGCCGGGCGAAGCCUCCGAGACGGAAGAAGAGGAGGAGGAGGAGGAGCAGGGACCGAAGACGUCCCCAGUGCUGGCGGAGGAGCCGGCGGCGGUUUGGGGGAGCGGCCGGGGGAGCCCCUCGCUGCUGCAGCAGCGGCUGCGGGAGGGGACGGGGCGGCUUCGCGGGGCGGUGGGCAGCGCCCUGCGGCAGAGCUACGGCAGUGCUGCCCGAAGCCUGGGGGGGCUGGAGGGGGCCCUGGGCCGGGCGCAGGUGGCUGCCGCCGCCGCCGCUCACUGCCUGCGCCUGGCCCGCCGCGACCUGCGCGCUGUGGCCGACACCAUCGACAUCGUCACGGCCUGUCGCCUCCUGCCCGACAUCCGCGUGCAGCUCUGAUUGGCACCAGCACGAGGCACCACGUUCACCGUCCCCACUGUGGCUGUCACCCACGGCGGCACCAACGCCUGCCAGACAUCCACGAGCAGCUGCCGGCACCACUGCUGUCCUCAAGGUGUCACCAGUGCUUGGGUCAUGCUUGUCAGCAUCAUCGCCCCAGUAUUCUGCACCGACGGUGCAGCACCUCACACUGACCUUGAAGAUCUCACCACAGUGGCAUCACCAGCAUAGUCACAGUGACACCAAACAGUGGCUUUGGCACAGAGGCCACCACCCUGCCAUCCCAGGACCUCUACACUCUGGUGACAUGAUCAGUACUGGCCUGGCCAGCUGCUACCAUCCCUGAACUGCAGCCUCACACUGCCUCCAGUCACUGCUGACCUCACCAUUUGGUGUGACAUGGAACUGAAUAAAGCCAUGGUGGUGUCAGAGCCA